AUGGCCGCCAUGGGCGCUGCCCUCGGGUUGCAGGCCAACGCCAAAGAUUUGCCCGGUCGCGUGGUAAUCAUCGGAACACCGGCUGAAGAGGGAGGCGGCGGCAAGAUACGAUUGCUGGAGGCUGGCGUUUUCGACAGCGUGGACGCUACCCUUUCUUCCCAUCCAUUCUCCAACCGCACCAUUAUUCCCGCAGCCGCACCCGUGGGGGAGAGCUGGAGUCUGGCAAUGGUGGGCUACCGGUACAUGUUCCACGGCAAAGCCGCUCACGCUGCCGCCGCGCCGGAGGCCGGCAUCAAUGCGUUGAACGCGGUCAUCCACCUGUUCACCGGCAUCGACGCCUUGCGCCAGCACCUGAGAGACGACGUCCGCAUUCACGGAGUGAUCACCGACGGCGGAAUGGCGCCCAACGUCGUGCCCGAAUUCGCCGCCGCCAAUUUCAUGCUGCGGUGCCGGGAACGACGGUACCUGAGCGACGUGGUAGUCGGUAAGGUAAAACAGGUGGCGGAAGGAGCGGCCUCCAUGACCGGCGCCCGCCUGGAAGUCCAGGAAUUUUAUCCCUUCUACGAGAACGUACAGCCCAACGUGGUGCUGGCCCAGGCGGUUCGGGCCAACGCCCAGGCGCUGGGAAUCAAACUGGAUGAACCGGUAGCCGGCCGGCCGGGCAGCGGCGCAUCCACCGAUUUCGGCAACGUCAGCCAGGUGAUGCCCGCCUUCGAGUUGAGGUAUGCGGUCAGCGAGGAGCCCGUGGCCUCCCACACCCGGGAGAUGUGUGCGACCGCCGUUACCGAUCUGGCCCUCUCCAAUGCUCUGUCAGUAGCCAAGGCGCUCAGCCUGACGGCAAGCGACCUGCUCUGUGAUGCCCCGUUGGUUGAGGCCGCCAAAGACGAGUUCGCCAGUCGCGGCAGAUGA